AUGGACGCUGCCGCAACGCCGACCGCCCGCAUCAACAAGUUCGACGGGACCAACUUCCACGCAUGGAUGUUCAAGAUGCAGAUGGUGCUCGAAGUACGGGACCUGUGGGAGGUCACAUGUGGAGAAGUCAAGCUGGAGCACUGCACCAACGUGAUGGAUCAAUCGACGUUCAAGAGAAAGUCACACAAGGCGCUGGCGAUCAUCUGUCUCGCAAUAGAAGAUUCGCAGCUGCCGCUGGUCCGUUCAGCGAUUGGAGCGUACGAUGCAUGGUCAAGGCUGGAAGGGCAUUACGAGAAGAAGAGCCUGGCAAACAAGCUCUUUCUUCGUCGUCGUUUCUUCACAACUAUGAUGGAAGAAGGUGAUGAUGUGCUGGAGCACAUCAACAAGAUCAAGACUCUAGCGGAGCAGCUCGACGCUGUGGGUGCUCCGGUUAGCGAGGACGACUUCGUGAUCACGCUUCUUGGGAGUCUAAGCGAUUCGUACCAGUUUUUGAUCACGGCGUUAGAGUCACGUGCGGACACGCUAACGUGGGAGCUGGUGACGUCUCGACUACUGCACGAAGACAUGAAGCGCAAGGAACAAGGUGGCGGUGUCGACGGAUCAGCGCACGGUCAAGGUCAAGCGUUCAUGACAAGCAAUCACAGCAAGCGAAAAAGAGGACGGCCUGUGCAGAAGGCCAGUGCAUGUCACUACUGUGGGGAGCACGGACAUUGGAUUGCCAAGUGUCCGGUGCGUAUCCGUGGGAAUACGGAGCGGCAAAGGCCGCAGCGAGCAAACAUCGCGCAGGUCGAAGAUGACACUGGCGAGUUUCUGUUUUUAGUUGAUGGAGAUAACAUCAAGCUGAGUGAAGAGUGGCUGGUCGACUCAGGUGCAACUCAGCACAUGACAUACUCAAAAGAGUACAUGAAGAACUACCAGAAGAUCUCGCCAGUGGAUGUGCAUUUGGCGGAUGAUGGCGUGGUACAAGCAGUGGGAAAGGGAGACAUCAUCAUGUCAAUGAGGACAAAACACGGCGUCAAGAAAUGUGUGCUUACUGGUGUGUGGCACAUCCCCAAGUUGACGCGCAACCUGUUCUCUGUGGGGUGUUUUACGAAGGACAUUGGCCACGUCACAUUUGAAAGUGACGGGUGCUUUGCUCAGUCGAAGAGUGUGAAGUGGCAGCUGGGUACGCGCAAGGGAAAGGGCUUAUUCAAGUUAUGCAUGACCCCGCUCAUGUCAGAUGAAGCAAAUGUGUCAAGUUCAACCGGUUUCAAUGGGACCAACCGGUCGUACCUCUGGCAUCUUCGACUUGGCCAUAUUGGCCAUAACGGUCUAGACUCCAUUGUCAAGAAGGGCUACGGCAACGGCAUCAACAUCACGUCUGUUCAACAGUGGGAGAUGUGUCAAGGGUGUGCUCUUGGCAAACAAACUCGAGUGAACUUUAUGCCAAAGUCCCCAGAGAGUGCAAAGAAGAUGCUAGAAGUCAUCCACAGCGAUGUCUGUGGUCCUAUGCAAACAGCUUCGCUCGGUGGAAGCAGAUACUUUGUCACGUUCAAUGACGAGUAUUCACACUUUAGUGUGGUGUUCUUGCUUAAGAACAAGUCUGAAGUGGCUUCUAAGUUUGCCGAAUUCGUCGUAUUUGCAGAGACUCAGACAGGAAACCGCGUCAAGCUACUUCGCAGUGACAACGGCGGAGAUUACAAGUCGCAUGAGAUGACCAAGCUGUGCAGCAGUCGUGGCAUUGUACAAAAGUUCACGCCUCCCUACACACCUCAACUCAACGGAGUGGCAGAACGGAUGAACAGGACAUUGGUGGAAUGCGCUCGCUGCAUGUUGGAUCAUGCCGGACUGUCCAAGGAAUAUUGGGGUGAAGCGGUUGUAACCGCUACAUUUCUUCGAAACCGAUGUCCAACACGUGCCACAAGUCAAGACAAGUCGCCACAUCAAAUCUGGACCGGCAAGAAACCGCUGUUUUCAAAUCUGAAGGUGUUCGGUUGUCACGCAUACGUGACGGUCCCGAAGCAAAAGCGCAUCAAGUUUGAUGCGCAGUCAGUCUAUUGCCGCUUCAUAGGAUACUCUGAACACGAGAAAGCGUAUCGCUUUGAAGAGAUCAAGAGCCGUCGUGUUCUAGUGAGCCGCGACGAAAAUUCAUGGAAGACGUCUUCGACAGUGGGAGACGCACCGAAAGAGACGCAGAAGAUGUCUUUGAAAGUCAAGAAGAUGAGAGUACAGGUCAUGAAUGUCCUUCCGUACCAAUUCAGCCUGACGAAGAAGACGCUGCGCAAGACCAAGAUACGGAGCCCGGCAGUAAGCGCCACACGCGAACCCCUUCGUUGGAACAAGCUGUGGAGAUUCCGGUUCCCAAGCGGCAGAGUCAAAAGAAUUUUGCUCAAAAACAUGUCGGCGGUGGCACAAGUCGAGGACGACUUUGAGACAGCCUACGUUGUGGAUUCAGUGGGAGAUAUGCCGAAAACGUUUAAGUCGGCGAUGGAAUCCAACAACGCGGUCAAGUGGAAGGAAGCGUGCGACUCCGAAAUCGACUCCCUCCGCAAGAACAAGACAUGGCAGUUGGUGCAAUUACCUAAGGGUCGGAAAACUAUCGGACGCAGAUGGGUGUUCCGCGUCAGAGAGAAUAGCAAUUCAGUCAGGUCGCCACAAUACCCAGGCCUGAAGUUGACCAAGGCCAUGUGCGAAGGAGGUUGCAAGCAUGAAGAAACGAUGGCAAAUUUUCCCUACUGGAACGCCUUAGGAUGCCUCAUUUACCUUAUGGUUGGCACCCGUCCCGACCUUGCAGCUGCAGUGGGAGUGCUCAGCCAGUUUGCCUCCGAUCCGUGUCCAACACACUGGCAAGCACUCAAGAGGGGUUUUCGACUGGGCCGGCGACAUAGAGUCAAGGCGCAGUACAAGUGGAUACACCUUCAUCAUGAACAACAGUUGCAUCAGCUGGAGGAGCAAGAAGCAUCGAACGGUGGCACUAUCAUCACGGAAGAAGAGUCCAUGGCGCUAUCGGAGGCUACACAAUAA